GGGAUACGUGGGAACACUGGAGAUUAUGGACAUAUAGGAGAACCUGGGCCUAAGGGUGAAGGCGGCAUCAAAGGAGAAAAGGGCAUGAGAGCACCUCGUGGUCGGGAGGGUGACAGAGGACCCAAAGGUCUGAAAGGGCUAAUAGGAGCUUCAGGUCAUAAGGGAGUGCGAGGGUCACCUGGAGAGAGGGGUGAAACUGGCCAGCAGGGGGAAGUUGGUGCAGCAGGAGAAUGGGGAUACGAAGGGAUUGUGGGCUAUCAGGGCGUGAAGGGAAACGAAGGCUUACCCGGAGUUGAAGGAUCUCGAGGGCCACGGGGUCGCCAGGGGAUUGUGGGAGAUCCCGGUGAACGAGGAACAGCUGGAGAAAAGGGAAAGCUAGGUAUUCAAGGCCCAAAAGGAAAUGUUGGUGGGAUUGGGGAAAAGGGUAUAGUUGGUGAUCCAGGCUUGCUAGGGCGAGAUGGAGAUACUGGGAUUGAGGCUUAUCAAGGACCACAGGGACCUGAGGGAAGACAUGGACAAGUUGGUGAAAGGGGUGAAAAAGGCGAACAAGGGCCUUCGGGGGAAAUGGGCCCUCCUGGACUAACAGGGCCGCAAGGUUACAAGGGCUCUGCUGCAAAGCCAGGAAGACCAGGAUUUAUUGGGCCCCCUGGAAGAACGGGGCACAUGGGAAUACCCGGCAGACCAGGCCCCAAGGGUGACACUGGCAUUCCAGGGGUCCAGGGAAGCAAAGGGGAGAAGGGUGCAAAGGGAGUCAAAGGACCUAAAGGCAGGGCAGGAGAUGCCGGUGUGCCAGGGCAACAGGGAAGUAGAGGAAAGCGAGGCCCUGCUGGAGAAUCAGGUAGAAAAGGCCCUGUAGGCUCCAAGGGAGUGAGGGGAGACGGUGGUCCAGUGGGCUUUCAGGGCCCACCGGGCCCACCAGGCCCCACUCUUCCUGCUCAACAUGUUAUCGAGGUCUGCAAGAGGGUGGUGCUGGAGCAGAUGUCCACAUUCGCCAACUCCGUGAAAAGGACUUGUGCGGCCGUGUGCCCGCUCUAUGGAGAUGUGCCAAUGGGCGCUCCAGGUCCCUCAGGGCCAAAAGGACCACCUGGACCUCCAGGUGAUUCUGGCAUUGAUGGCCUUAAGGGAGAAAUCGGGCAGCCCGGAUUCUACGGAGAAUCUGGUGACCAAGGAAGACAGGGCUCAACAG